CAGUGGGGCGUGUGUGUGUGUGUGUGUGUGUGUGCCUGCCUCGACCCACAGCCCAGAGCCUGAAUAACAGUAGGAGGAAAAUGGACGGAGUGGGUUCAUUUGGUGCUGGGAGAGCCGGGGCUGCGUUCGACCCUAUUGCCUUUAUCCAACAGCCGCAGACCAUCCUUAGAAUAUUAUCAUGGAUCUUCUCAAUGGUAGUGUUUGGAUCCAUAAUAAAUGAAGGCUACAUCAACCAUGGCAGUGAGAGGCUCUAUUGCGUUUUCAACAAGAACAACAAUGCCUGCAACUACGGAACCACCAUUGGGCUCAUAGCAUUUCUAGCAUGCAUUUUCUUCAUUAUCCUUGACAUGAAGUUCCAACAAAUCAGCAGUAUUAAAGACAGGAAGAAGGCAGUGAUGCUGGACAUUGGGUUUUCAGGUUUCUGGGCGUUUUUGUGGUUUGUUUGUUUCUGCUUCUUGGCCAACCAAUGGCAGAGCACCACCCCAGAUGAGCUGCCCUUAAACCAGGGAGCGGAUGCCGCCAGAGCUGCCAUUACCUUCUCCUUCUUCUCCAUCUUCACCUGGGUUGGUUUGACUGUAAGAGCAGUGCAGAAGUACAUGCUAGGGACCGACAUGAGCCUCUUCACCACAGAAGUUAUGGAUGGCAACCCGCCCGUCCAGCCCUACCCCACCGUCACAAGCACCGAGCCCAACGACACAUACCAGAGCCCACCCUUCACCGAAAACCUGGACUCCAACGCCCCAACCUACCAGGUGCCAAUUUACUGAAACGGUGCCUAGCAAAAGUCACUGGUGUGUCAGAGUCCGUGUGGAUGGCUGGCACUGGUCUUCAAACUGAAGUGGUGUGACAAUAUUCAUAGGUAGUACCGUUCUGUGAACUUCUGUACAAGAUUAUGUUGAUAGUGAUUUCACUUUUGUUCGGAAUAUUAAGUGUUUAUUUAUCAGAUGGAAUGAAACCGUUUGAGGGUUAUUAGUGUUGUCUAAAAAUGAAAAAGGUUAUGUUGCAUGUAUUAUAUUUAGAGAGUUAUGAAGUGCCAUGCAUCACAAACAAUACCUUAUAUAUUCAGUUUCCAUAAUGCUGUUGGGUACUGUAUAUAAGUGCAAUAUCUGAAAUAUGGAAUCAUCAAAAUGUUUGACACAUUUAAAUGUUCUCCAACUAAAAGCUAGGUGGUCUUCCUAAAAGAGGGUGGAGUUUCACUGUAGAUAAGGGUGUCUUAUGCAUCAAACGUAUGUAGAAGAGUUCUUGAUUCAGUGUUUGAUUUACUAAACGUGUAAAGCCAGAUUUUAUUUUGGAAGGAUUUUUGUAGUUUAAAGUGCAUGAAUACUUCUGACUGUAUCAAAAUAUAAAGAUUAACUGAAUCCCACUAAAAA